CAACAUCAAAAAAAAGUAGUGCGACAAGAUUGACAUCAAGGUUUGGUUCAGUUGUGGUCUGGGCGGCGUUGAACUAAGGUUGCAAGAACGAGUUAUUUAUCAUUUCAAUAUGAACAGCGCAAAUACAUUGUUGUUUGGCAUUUUGAUUUUUCUUCUGACUGUAUUAAGCGUGCAGUCUUUAAAGUGUUACCAGUGUUCAGGUUGUAACGACCCUUUCGACGAAAGCGCAGCUUCGACCGUAUCAUGCUCGGGAUCAUGUAUAAAGGGUAAACUUGGUGAUGUUGUGGGAAGGGGCUGUUCAGAUAUCAGUGAAGGCGACACGUGUGAAGAAAAGGAUAGCGCUCAAGCAUGUUCGUGUACGUCUGACUUGUGUAACAGUGCCUCUGGAUUCAGCGUCUCGUUUCCUGUCGUCUGCAUAUCCGCUCUCAUCAUGUUUCUAGGGUUUUUCUAAACGACGAACGAUUUACAUGAAAACAUAAUAUUUUCUUAGUAUUGUUGACGGACUUUUUACUAUCACACUUUUGUGUCUUCUCGUUAAAUCACAAGUGAUUGAGCAAGGACAUUCAUUAAGAAAGUAUUUGCAAUGUUAGAUACCUAGGCUAUCAUAUGUCAAUUCAGUAAUAUUUUUAAGUUUGGAACCAACAAGAUCAAUAUUUACAUUAUAGUGUGCACCAAUAAAAGAAAAUGUUUUUGUA